AUGUCGGGGGAUACCAAAGAAAACGACCAGGUCGCUGUGUCGUCCGUGCCGCCCGAGGGGCUGUCCGAUCGGGAUGACAACUAUGCCAUCUACAAGGAGAGUCAUGGGCUAGACUAUACGACCGAGGAGGGGAAGAAAGUUCUCAGGAAGAUCGACUUCCGACUGGUGCCGUUGCUGUUCGUCAUCUACAUGCUUCAAUAUCUGGACAAAAACAGCAUCAACUUCGCGUCGGUGUAUGGGCUGAAAAAGGGCACGAAUCUACACGGACAGGACUACUCAUGGCUUGGCUCUAUCUUCUACAUCGGGUAUCUGAUCGCACAAUGGCCGGCGGGGUUUGCGCUGCAGAAACUACCGAUGGGGAAAUUCCUCUCCAUCACAACGAUCAUGUGGGGCGCUCUGCUGAUGACCACCCCGGCAUGCCACAAUUUCGCCGGCAUCGCCGCCAACCGCUUUCUCCUCGGCUUCAUCGAAGCGGCCGUCAACCCGGGGUUCGUCCUGAUGAUGAGCAUGUGGUACACGACGAGGGAGCAGCCUCUCCGCCUGGAGGCAUGGUACUGCACGAACGGGAUCGCGACGAUGUUCGGGGGGCUGAUCGGCUACGCCGUGGGCCACAUCACGACUGGCCUCCCGCGGUGGAUGUACGUCUUCUUCAUUUUCGGGGCGUUCUCAAUAACCACCGGCAUCGUUGCCCUUCUCCUCCUCCCCGACCUGCCCUCAACCGCAAAGUUCCUCACCGAGAGGGAGCGCGCCAUCGCAGUAGACCGCGUGGCAGUUAACCGCCAGGGCGUCAAAAACCACCACUUCAAGUGGUACCAGGUGUGGCAGGCGGCGGAAGACCCCAAGACAUGGCUUCUCUUCAUCAUGGCCGUCGGAGCGCAGGUUCCCAACUCAGCACUAACAAGCUUCGCAUCCAUCAUCGUCGGCUCCUUCGGCUUCGACACCCUCGGCACCCAAUACAUGCAGAUCCCCGGCGGCGCCGUGCAAUUCCUCGCGCUGAUAAUUGGCGGAUUCGUCGCCACAAAGUACGACGGCCGCUUCCACUCGCGCAGCGCAUGCAUGAUCGUCGCCAACACGAUCUGCAUCCUUGGGUCCGCGCUGCUGGUCGGCCUCCCCAACAACAACAAAUGGGGGCGCUUAGUCGCGCUCUGGCUGUGCUAUUUCCAGGGUCUGGGGUUCAGCAUGAGUUUGACGAUGGUGAGCUCUAAUGUCGCGGGGUACACCAAGAAGCAGAUUACUGGGGCGGUUUUGUUCACUGGGUACUGCGUGGGGAAUAUUAUUGGGCCGCAGACUUUUAAGGAUAGUGAGGCGCCGGGGUAUCAUAGUGCCUAUAUUGCCAUGCUGGUCGGAUACUCCAUCAAACUAGUCUCCAUCGUCGCUCUAUACCUCUACAUGUAUUUCGAGAACAAGAAGCGCGAUCGAGCUGCCAUGGAGGGGCUGAAUAGUACGGAAGAGGGAAUUGAGAAUGGAAUGCUGGACCAAACGGAGAUUGAUAAUAAGGGGUUUAGGUACUUUUUAUAG